UCAAUGUAAACUAGCCAUUCGCGCGGCGCACCACACUUUGCUGAUCCAGGUGACGGAAUAUGUCGAAUAAAUACUUAUUUCUGAAAUCAGGAUUCCCGCGGGCACCUUUUGGUCUCGGGAUCGGACGUUAUGUCUGUCAGUUACAGAGAAUAACUUUAAAGUUUUGCAAAAACCGUGGUACAAGUCAGGGAGUAAGAGGUUUCAUAGAACAUGAUCUAAUUAAUUAUGCAAAAGAAAAUCCAGGAGUUGUAGUAUAUGUUAAACCAAGAAGGCACAGACAACCAGUCAUAGUAGCCGAAUAUUUGAAUGGCGAUAGACAAUGGAUGGAGGUUGCUAAUUAUAGCCGGGACGAUAUUAUAAAAUGGAUGGAAUUGUUACGAACGCAGUUUCAUGAUGGUCCUUCGUUGAGAUUGCGUAAACUAUGGCACACGGAAUUCCCAUCGAUUCAGGGACCAUGGACACCAUUUACUUUUAGAAAUCCUAUGUUAAACCUAACUCAGUUUCCUAAUAAAGAGCUUGGUGCAGCUGUUAAACUUGAUCCCACAGCAACGGAACAACUUGUUGAAUUAUUCAAGGCUCAGCAGUUGGCUGACAAUGCAGUUAAUGAUUCCUGCCAAAAUGUUGAAGAAACUUCCAUACAUGUUCAAAGGACAUAAUAUUUUAAGCAAUUUUAAUACAUUUCUAAUUUUUAAUUUAUAGUAUGUAUAUAAAUAUAUAUAGUAUAAAAGAUAUUUUUGUAAUAUUUCAUAAAUGUUCAAAAUUGAGACAUAAGAAGUCUUAAAGACGGUUUUUUUUAAAUCGAGAUAUAAGACAUCUUUUCAAAAAAUGUUUUCAAAAAAUGUCUUUAAGUUGUAUGUCUCGUUUUCGAUCAUGUGUGUUGUUAUAAUUAGAAUUGCAGCAACCGAGUUCGCAUUUGUUGGCAACUUGACGGUAUAACAACUCUGGGCAAUUUGCGAGCAAUUUGUCUACAACUUUAAAAUCAUCAUUAUCAAAAUUUGUACUAAUACUGUCAUAUAAUAAUAUACAAUAAUAUACAAAAUAAGACUGCUGUUAUAUUGCGAUAAUACAAGAUAAUAUUGAUGCAAUUAUCUUGCUAUUAAACUAUUGUUGCGAUUGUGUUGAGACACGCUUUGCUGUCUCUUUAUGUCAUUUAGUUUUGCUUGAAAGUGAUGAUAAGUAGAAAAUUCUUUAACAGAAUUUAUAGAUUAUUUGUCAGGAUAUAAACACUAUUAAA